GCGCAUUGUCGGCUAAAGCGUUCGGUGAACAGUGAGCAUGCGUACCACAGCUGAAGUUCGUAAAUUGAAUUUGAACAUGCGUAAUUAAUCUUUCUGAAUAGGAAAAAAAAUAAUAAAAUACACAACAAAACUCUCCUUUUAUGGAACAUGCGCAUUAGUUCUCAAUAGCUUUUUCGUGUUGAAAGUGAGCAUGCGCAUGGUGAAUAGGUUGGUCUGAAAUUUCAGCAGGAUAGAAGCGUCUGGUCGGCGUUUGGUGGUUCUUCACUUUUUUGAGAUAAAACAUCUAGUUUGUGGUUCAGCAUGUCAAUUGUAACAGUGCAGCUUGGUCAGUGUGGCAAUCAAAUUGGUUUUGAAGUUUUUGAUGCUUUGCUUAGGGACUCACACAGUUCCCAGGGACUCUGCUCUAAGAGAGAAAAUGAGGCAUAUCAAACAUCUUGCAAAGAAAGAUUCUUCAGUGAGGAGGAGAAUGGAGUUCCAAUUGCCCGGGCUGUUCUUGUUGACAUGGAACCCAAAGUUAUCAAUCAAACGCUGUCAAAGGCUGCCCAGUCUGGCCAGUGGAAAUAUGGUCAACAUGCAUGCUUCUGUCAAAAACAAGGUUCUGGAAACAACUGGGCAUAUGGUUACUCUGUUCAUGGACCCAGGCAUGAAGAAUCUAUAAUGAACCUAAUCCGGAAGGAAGUGGAGAAAUGUGACUCUUUCAGUGGUUUUUUCAUCAUAAUGAGCAUGGCUGGGGGCACAGGAUCAGGAUUAGGAGCUUUCGUUACACAGAAUUUACAAGAUCAGUAUCCAAACUCAUUGAAAAUGAAUCAGAUUAUUUGGCCUUAUGGAACUGGUGAGGUUAUUGUUCAGAACUACAACUCUAUUUUGACACUUUCUCACUUGUACCGAUCUUCAGAUGCCCUCCUUGUUCAUGAGAAUGAUGCCGUCCAUAAGAUCUGUGCAAAACUGAUGAAUAUCAAGCAGAUCUCCUUUAGCGACAUCAAUCAAGUCCUGGCACAUCAGCUGGGAAGUGUGUUCCAGCCUACUUAUUCUGCAGAAAGCUCAUUUCACUACAGACAAAAUCCACUAGGAGACUUAAUGGAGCAUUUAGUUCCCCAUCCUGAAUUCAAGAUGCUGAGUGUUCGUAACAUUCCUCACAUGUCUGAGAACUCACUGGCAUAUAGCACAUUUACAUGGGCUGGCCUCCUCAAGCACUUGAGACAGAUGCUCAUUUCUAAUGCAAAGAUGGAAGAAGGAAUUGAUUGGCAAGUACGGCCUCCUUUAUCAGGACUUCCUCCUCUUGGUAAAAUGUCUCUCAGCAAAGACCUGCAUUUUAACACUUCCAUUGCUAACUUGGUCAUUCUUCGUGGGAAAGACGUGCAAAGUGCAGAUGUGGAGGGAUUUAAAGAUCCAGCUCUCUACACUUCCUGGUUAGAGCCUGUUAAUGCUUUCAACGUGUGGAAAACCCAGCGGGCCUUUAGCAAGUAUGAGAAGUCUGCAGUGUUGGUCAGCAAUAGCCAGUUCUUAGUAAAACCACUUGAUACGAUUGUGAAGAAGGCAUGGAACAUGUUUGCUUCAAAAGCCUACAUUCAUCAGUACACAAAAUUUGGAAUCGAAGAAGAGGACUUUUUAGACGGUUUCACGUUGUUAGAGCAGGUUAUUGCCAGUUACUGUAACCUCUGAUCUGGAACAAUGGGAAAAGUACCUUAAGGCAUUUUCGGACUACAAUAUUUUCAGUACUAUUUUCUCUGUAAAGCUUUCAAAGUUCCAUUCUGUUAAAGUAACCAGGUAGAAUGCUGAGUCUAUUCUGUAUGCGAUGCGCACAGAAAAGGAAGACAACUUUUUAAAUGGAGAAUAGCAUGUUUUCAAUGAAAACAUCCACUUGGUAUUUCAUUUGUAAGAAAAAAAUGGUUCUUUAUUCUUUUCUUUUUCUUUUUUUACACUCCAUUGUAUAUACUAGCAUGAAAAAUGGUGCUUUAUUAAAGAAUUUUGGGAAAACACUUUGCUGAGAUGUUGGGACUCUGGAACUAGCCAAGAAAAUAAAAUAUUCUGUUUGUCUACAUGUUCCUAAAUCUUGCCUCUUUACACCAAAAAUAACUCAUAAAACCUGAACCAAACUGUCACAGCAUCAUUUCAAGCUAAGGAAUUAUAAUUCUGUACUUAAUAUAUUCAUGCUUGAAUGAAUGCUUUGAGCCACAAGAGGGAGAUGUUGUCAAAUCCUACAGUGUGACCAUGUAUUCUGAAUAUUCUGUAACAGGGCAAGAGUUUCUACUCUAAGCAGCUAUUUAAAAAUCAGUGUGAAGGGACCG